GCUUCAAGGCGGUCCUCCUUGUUCUGGCCCCGCCCCUAACUCUCCAUCCGACCCCUGCCCCCACUCCAGACCUCUCUGACACCUAACUCGGCAUCAUUUUGCAUUGGUCUCACCUAUUGCCUCAGUUUAGACGCUUUGGCUUCUCCCCCUCCCCUCUCUUCUGUGUGCAUUCGGCUCACUCCAGUUCUUAUCCAUCUCUUCAUCCUCCAAUCUGCAGUCCAUUGUGGUCUAAUCAUCAUCUCUUUUCCUUCACCAAUUGACGUUCUCACCCUGCCCCUUAAAUCGUCAGUGAUCCUUAGUCAUUGAGGAUCUUUGGCUCCAAGGACUCCAAGACUCUCCUUCUUCCAGGUCCCUCCGCUCUGUCCAGCACAGUAGCCUUUCACUCUGCAAGUCUCACUUUUCCUCUAUUCCCCCGCCCCUCGUCCCUUUUCUCCACCAUCUCACCCAUGCCUUUCAAGCUCCUUAAAGUCCCGCUCCUUCCUUAGUUUCACCUUCCUACAGCCGGUUCAAGGGGUUGUCUACCAUUCGUAGACCCCACCUACUUUUCUCGGUCCCGACCUAUCCUUCAUUCAUUCAUUCAUUCUCCAGGCCCAGCACUCUCAGCUUUCUGCCUGGGCUCCUCCUCCCUAAGUCCUAUUCAGACGCUCUCAGGUUUUCAAGCCUCACUUGUUUCAAACCUUCUCACUGGGUCUCAGUCUCUCAAUCUCUCUUCCCUUCUCCCUGUCCCUUUUCACUCAAGCCAGUCCCAUUCCGUGAGAAAGUGGUCCAUCUCCAGUUCCCUUCCCUAGUUCAGUCCUGCCCAUUCACUGUCCCAGCUAAUCAGGACUCUCUUUGCUCUAUGCUCUUAGGUCUUGCCCCAUCCAACCUAUGUUAUCCAACACCCGGGUCCUCCCUGCCAAAGCUUUAGGUCCCGGGGAGAGAUCUCUUUUUAUUUCUCUUCUGACCCUUCUCUCCGGACCUUCUCAGUCCAACCAGAUCGGCUUCUCAGAUUAUGACCUCGCCCCUCCAGGCCAGUCUGGCUACCCUUUUUUCGGUUCUAUCAGGUCUCUUUCUUACAUCUUGCCCGGCUUUCUCCGUUUUCACUGUGCUGCUGAGCCAAGAAACGUUUGUUACGGGUCCCGCUUCCUCUGACGCUCCGCCCCUCCGUUUUGCUCCCAAAGAUCCAACCGAUGAGCCUCAUUUGUGGCUCCGCCUCACCCAGCUAGGCAGUGGUAGAGUAUCAGCCCCUCUCCUCUCCUAGCCCCACCCAACUCCCUCAGGCCAAUCAGUUCGGAUCCUCCCCCACUAAGGCUCUGUCCCUCCAUUCUAGCGUCUCCUCCCAUCCAAUCACGUCGGCCUUUGCCCCUUUCGGGCCCGCCUCCUCCGUCCAUCUUCUCCUCCCACCCAAUCACGUCUGUGUCUUCCCUGAGCCCCGCCCCUCUUGGCCCUGCCUCUCCCGCCCCGCCCCCCGUCCAAUGCUUAGCUCAGUCUGCGUCUCGUCGUUCCGCCGGCGCCAGGGGGCCAGCAAGCAGCAGCCGGCACCAGAGCCACAGCUGCCCGAGUCCCCACCGCCGCUGUCCCCGCCGCUGCCACCGCCGCCGCUGCAGCAGCAGCAGCAGCCAGCGCAGCCCGGCCCCGCCGCGUCCUCGGCGGGCCCCCCGGCACCCCGCGGGCCCGGGGGCCGGCGCGCCGAGCCAUGCCCCGGGCUGCCGGCGGCGGCCAUGGGGCGGCACGGCGGCGGCGGUGGCGACAGCGGCAAGAUCGUGAUCAACGUGGGCGGCGUGCGCCAUGAGACGUACCGUUCGACGCUGCGCACCCUGCCAGGGACGCGGCUAGCCGGCCUGACGGAGCCCGAGGCGGCUGCGCGCUUCGACUACGAUCCGGGUGCAGACGAGUUCUUCUUCGACCGACACCCGGGCGUCUUCGCCUAUGUGCUCAACUACUACCGCACCGGCAAGCUGCACUGCCCGGCCGACGUGUGCGGGCCGCUCUUCGAAGAGGAGCUGGGCUUCUGGGGCAUCGACGAGACCGACGUAGAGGCCUGCUGCUGGAUGACGUACCGACAGCAUCGCGAUGCUGAGGAGGCGCUCGACUCCUUCGAGGCUCCCGACUCCUCGGGUGCCUCCAACGCCGCCAAUGCCGCAGGAGCCCACGACGCAGGCCUGGACGACGAGGCGGGCGCGGGCGGCGGCGGCCUGGACGGCGCUGGCGGCGAGCUCAAGCGCCUCUGCUUCCAAGACGCGGGCGGUGGCGCCGGGGGGCCUCCAGGGGGAGCGGGCGGCGCGGGAGGCACGUGGUGGCGCCGCUGGCAGCCGAGAGUGUGGGCACUCUUCGAGGACCCCUACUCAUCGCGGGCCGCCAGGUAUGUGGCCUUUGCCUCACUCUUCUUCAUCCUUAUCUCCAUCACCACCUUCUGCCUGGAGACCCAUGAGGGCUUCAUCCACAUCAGCAACAAGACGGUGACACAGGCCUCCCCAAUCCCGGGGGCUCCACCAGAGAACAUCACCAAUGUGGAGGUGGAGACGGAGCCCUUCCUGACCUACGUGGAGGGGGUGUGCGUGGUGUGGUUCACCUUCGAGUUCCUCAUGCGCAUCACCUUCUGCCCGGACAAGGUGGAGUUCCUCAAAAGCAGCCUCAACAUCAUUGACUGUGUAGCCAUCCUGCCCUUCUACUUGGAGGUGGGCCUCUCGGGCCUGAGCUCCAAGGCUGCCAAGGAUGUACUGGGCUUCCUGCGCGUUGUCCGCUUUGUCCGCAUCCUGCGUAUCUUCAAGCUGACCCGACAUUUUGUGGGGCUGCGUGUGCUGGGCCACACGCUCCGUGCCAGCACCAACGAGUUCCUGCUGCUCAUCAUCUUCCUGGCUCUGGGGGUGCUCAUCUUUGCCACCAUGAUUUACUACGCAGAGCGCAUUGGCGCUGAUCCGGAUGACAUCCUGGGCUCCAACCACACCUACUUUAAGAACAUCCCCAUUGGUUUCUGGUGGGCCGUGGUCACCAUGACCACCCUGGGCUAUGGAGACAUGUACCCUAAGACGUGGUCGGGGAUGCUGGUUGGGGCGCUCUGUGCCCUGGCGGGCGUGCUGACCAUCGCCAUGCCCGUGCCCGUCAUUGUCAACAACUUUGGCAUGUACUAUUCACUGGCUAUGGCCAAACAGAAGUUACCCAAGAAGAAGAACAAACAUAUCCCCCGACCCCCGCAGCCUGGCUCUCCUAACUACUGCAAGCCUGACCCACCCCCACCACCUCCACCCCACCCUCACCAUGGAAGUGGUGGCAUCAGCCCCCCACCACCCAUCACUCCACCUUCCGUGGGCGUGACUGUGGCUGGGGCCUACCCUUCAGGGCCACACACACACCCUGGGCUGCUCAGGGGGCGUGCAGGGGGGCUGGGGAUUAUGGGGCUGCCUCCUUUGCCGGCCCCUGGGGAGCCCUGCCCGCUGGCUCAGGAGGAGGUGGUUGAAAUCAACAGGGCAGACCCCCGCCCCAAUGGGGAUCCAGCUGCAGCAGCACUGGCCCACGAGGACUGCCCUGCCAUUGACCAGCCUGCCAUGUCCCCGGAGGACAAGAGCCCCAUCACACCUGGAAGCCGGGGCCGUUACAGCCGCGACCGAGCCUGCUUCCUCCUUACCGACUAUGCCCCCUCCCCUGAUGGCUCCAUUCGAAAAGCCACUGGUGCUCCCCCACUGCCCCCCCAGACUGGCGUAAGCCAGGCCCCCCAAGCUUCUUGCCCGACCUCAACGCCAACGCUGCGGCCUGGAUAUCCCCCUAGUGGACGAAUCCCCUCCCCCCGGGCUCUUGUCACCGCCUGAGACCUCGUGAGACCCUCGGGUCCCCCCUGCCCCUUCCCCCCAGGUUAGCAAUUGGGAAUGGCUGGGAGGGGGUGUCCCCACGAUACUGGGCUUCAAACCCCCAGGCCCUCUCCUACAGUCAGGACUCCCGCCUUCAGACAGCGCCCCUGGCUCUGUAGAAAAGCCAUGGAACUCCCCCCAGACGCUGGCAGAACCGAAGACGGACCAAGCUUUCAGAAACCACACACACUGCUCCUGGAUCUUGAGUCCCGUGAGCUGUCCCUUAGCGCCUCCCCUCACCCGCAGAAGCCCAUUUUUUUCAGACUUUGGGAUGCUUCAAAUCCUUUCACCACUGACACUGCCUGGACCUUCCUGGACCCUGGAACGAUGCCCCAGGGAUGAGCCUUGCCCCCGCCCACUGCUCUUGGAGUUCUCUCACUCCCCCAGGGCACUGCCAGCUUUGGUUCCUCAGCCCCCCACAGCCCUGCCCGCCUUGUCCCCAUUCCCUACACUAGAUGGCCCCCAAUCCCACUCUGCUGUCCUGCCCAGCCCGUUUCCCUCCAAGCCCUCUCCACUGGCUGCUCCCCACAUGCAUUCCACCGGCCCCUCCCCACGCCCCUGCUGCCCACCAUCCCGCCUUGCUGUCCCCCACCUUUUGGCCUGAGAUGAGGGGUCUACGGGGAGGGAGGGGUGGGC